GUUCAUACGGAUGAACUUCUGUCUCACCUGACACACGCUGCGGAUACGCUCUGUAAGAUUAUUGAAAAAUGAAGAGAAAUCACGAUUUUAGCUCCUCAGACAGCGAGCUCGAUGAGAAUAUCGAAGUGGAGAAGGAGAGUGCUGACGAAAAUGCCGGUGUGAAUUCUCCACUUGGUUCAAUGUCUCCAUCCACAACCUCUCAAGUGCAAGCGAGAAAACGUCGCAGAGGGAUCAUUGAGAAGCGCCGCAGGGACCGGAUAAAUAACAGUCUGUCUGAGCUGCGCAGGCUGGUGCCCAGCGCGUUUGAAAAGCAGGUGAGUGUCAAUCACUGCACCUGA